ACCUCAAUCGAACAUAAUGGAUGUAUCGGAUGAUAAUUUGUGGAUCCUCGGAGGUUACCUACAACAAACGUUACGCCCUGAUGUUAAUAUACGAAACCAAGCAGAAAAGUUUUUGGAAGGAAUUGAAGUGAAUCAAAACUAUCCACUUCUCCUAGUACUUCUUGUUCAUACCAAUGAUAUUCAGAUGGAAAUAUGUGUUGCUGAAUCUAUUGCUUUUGAGAAUUAUAUUAAAAGGAAUUGGAGUGUAGAUGAGGAUCAACCUGAUCUGAUAUAUAAGAUAAUACAAAAGCAACUAAGUGAUGCUAUCAGUAUUAUUGAAAACACUGAUUUCCCAUUAACAUGGCCCAAAUUAAUUCCUCAGAUGAUUGAAACAUUUUCUACCGAUGUUAUUAAUGGAAUUUUAUGUACAGGGGGGCAUUCAUUGUUCAAGAAAUAUAGGUAUGAGUUUAAGUCCAAUGAGUUAUGGAUGGAGAUUAAAUAUGUUUUGGAGAAAUUAGCUCAACCACUUACAGAUUUAUUAUUGGCAACUUUUUUUACCAAAAAAGUUGAGAUGCAUCAACUUUACAGUUUCAGUCUCAAUUCAUCUCAAGAUUUUAUUUCAAAAUUACUUGAUGAUGUCAAAUUUAUUUAUAAUGAAUACUUCAAAACCGUAAAACCAAUGCUACCUUUAACAGUCAAUGAGCAACAGAAAAUCAUAACCGCAAAAUUUUUAAUGUAUUGGGACGCUAAUAAUUUAUAUGGGUGGGAAAUGUCUCAAUUAAUUCCUGUUUCCAAUUUUAAAUGGUUCACUAAAAAUGAAAUAAAAAAUUUAGAUUUUAAUAAUGUAACCUAUAUUCAUUCUGAUUUUGGAUGUAUUUUAGCUGUACACUGUGUUAAUUAAUUAUUGUAUCCGACGUCAUCAUUGCAGGUAUGCAACCAAUAUCACAGUAUUAUCGUAUGUAAUACGUAAAUCGCGUGUUGCAAUACCAAUACUGUGAUAUUGGUUGCAUACUUGCAAUGAUGACGUAGGGUACGAUAAUUAAUCCACACACUGUAAAUAUUGAAUAUCCCAAAGUUUUACAUGAUUUACAUAAUGAUCCUGGCUGAAAACUUUUUUUUAUUUAAUAAGAAAAAUUACAUUCAUUAUAG